GUUCCUCGGUGUUAGCUCUUGGUUAGUUCUCUUUUGCUGUGCUAUCCUCUGAAAAUCAAAGUAAGAUACAGUUUUCUUCGCAACAAAUUGAAAAAGUGCAUAUUUUGUAUUUGUAAAUAUAAUAAUUCAUAAAAUACAGUUGUUGUGCAUUUGAAAUAAGUGAAUAAAUUGUGUUUUGGACGAUGUAAAGAAAAGCGGGUAUAUCGAAUUACGAAUAUCAAAACAAACAUUGCGCGUUAGUACGGUGGUGGAAGCAGCAUGCGUAUGCGCUACUGAAGGAAAAUCUAAUUCUAGAAAACACCGCUGAACAGACAAAGAAACAUUUUUUAAAUACUUCAAUAUUUUUAGUGAAUAUAAAAGAAAAAUAAACAUUUAUAGACGACUACAACGAUUUUUUGCCGGCAACGUCGGUCAAAUAAGUAUUGAUCAUGUCGGUGCAACAAUUUUGUUUGCGCUGGAAUAACCAUCAACCGAAUUUCAUUUCGGUAUGUUCCUCGUUACUGCAUAAUGGAACAUUAGUAGACGUUACCUUAGCAGCAGAAGGACGACAACUUCAAGCUCACAAAAUUGUCCUCUCUGCUUGCAGCUCAUAUUUUCAAACAUUAUUUACAUCGAAUCCCUGUCAACAUCCAAUUGUAAUACUUAAAGAUGUCCAAUAUGAUGACCUCAAAACUAUGGUUGAUUUUAUGUACUAUGGGGAAGUGAAUGUAUCACAAGAGCAGUUACCACACAUUCUUAAAACGGCUGAGAUGCUUAAAAUUAAAGGACUUGCUGAAAUGCCCACCGAUCCUGCCAAUUUAACUAAAUCUGAAAGUAAAUCAUCGAAUGAACCCACCGAUUUAGUGGGUAGCGGUAGUACUGGCAGUAACGGCCAAAGUAGCAGUGGUGUUACUAGCGGUGGCAUGGGUAGUAGUGCUGGUGGUAGCAUAAAUGAGACACUCUGGGAGCCCCAGCACCACCAUGGCCAACACGGUGAAACACAGUUUCAGUCUCAUCCCCAUCAACAACAACAAAACAGCCAAACUCAAACAUCACAACAGCAGCAACAACAUCAUCAAUUAAGACGCACUCCCUCACCAUUAGGUUCGGGGGCUUCACCGGCAACUAGACGGAAACGACUUCGGAAAUCUUCAAAUAACGGAUCUGGCGAUCGCACUAAUUCGGACGAGCAACAUAAUACUUCUUUGGACAGCGGAAACAAUACUGGUGGCAUAAGUCUUACACAGAUGAGUCAAAUGUCGUUUGGAACCACAGGUGGUUCCAUCAGUGGCAUACCAACACACACUCUACACGCAACAAAAUUGUUAAAAGAAUCAUCUAGCACCGAGGUUGAACCACAUCCACAGGAUGAUAGCUUGGACGAUGGUCAUGGACACGUCCACAUGCAAAUUAAACCUGAAGUUGACAUGAGCAGCGUUCAGCAAUCGAUGCCAUUAGAUAUUUCUGCUGCUACAACACCUUCGGAACAUGAUGCACCAAAUUCUCAAUCAUCUCAUUCUGAUUUAUCACAGCCGUCAAACGCUAAUAUGUCCACAAUUGUCGCUCAGCCGGAAUGUUCACCACGCGCUGUCAAUAUGGCGAUGUCACCGUCACCUAGCAAUCUACUCUCUCAACAACAACAUUCGCCAGCGCAAUUGCAACAUCAACAUUCGCAACAACAGCAAAUGGGCACGAAACGUAAUCGUGUAUUGACACGUCAGCCGCGUGUUAAACGCGACAGUGAUAGUCUUUCAAAUGCUCAGGCUUCACCCGAACCCAAUCAGGGAUCUUGUGUAGAUUUCGAUCCAUUUAGCAAUUCGCCUGGUGGUAGUUCACAUUCGAACUACAUCGCAGCCCAUGCACUGCAAUUGCACACACAUCCCAGUCACCAUCACCUGCUGACAGUGCCGCCGCGUAUCGAGCGUCACUCAUCCGAACCGGCUCCGAGUUUAACACCAUCCUCUCCCCACUUGCUCUCUGUACCGCAGAGUACACCUUUUCUGAUGAAACAGCAUUCGGAUCCAUUACUGCCCACUCAACAUUCACUUAGUGGCGCUGGCGCAUUAAUCGUUGGUGGUGGUGGUGGUAUUGGUGGCACAAAUCCUUUCGCACCGUUGCAUCGUCAGUAUUCACAUCCACUAUCGUGUACAACAACCAGUAGCGCUAACAACAGUGCCGGCACUAGUCAUAUCACCAGCGUUCCACUACAGCAUCCACACCACAUAUCACUACCUGAAUCAAUGUACACGUCCGGCGGUUCACCACCACCUGUUGGUUCGUCGCAAUAUGUUGUGCCGCAGCAAAUUGUGUCCAGCGGUAGUAGUGGUACGUCGAACGAGCCAGGCAGCGGUGCUUCUUCAGCCAGUCCGUCAAAAGUGCUCAGCAUACCACACUUCACCACUACUUACAUUGAUGACAGCGACUCGCGUGGUCGUAACAAUUCACCCACUACUCCCUCAUCCAUGGGCGGUGUCCAUACUAAUACGUCAAGUAUUAGUUCAGCACCAUUGGAGCGUGUUCGUUCAACGGAGUCGAAUACACCACCACCAACAGCAACAACAGGCAAGAUUCGUAGCUCGAAAUCUACAUCUAGUGUUAUGUUACCGGAACGAAUGAGUAGUUUGCAUCCUGGAACCGCAGCCAUGGGCAGCAGUUCAUUUGAACACUUACCUUCGUUGCGUGUCAAGAGCGAGGAAUUACAAAGAUCAGUGUCUUCUCCACAAACCUCUCGGGAGAUCAUCACUUUGGAGAAUCCUCGUUCUAGUCAUUGUCCAGUUAUACGGCCCGGUCCGGCACUGGGCUGUAAUUUUUGUUGGAACACUAUAGACGGACAUGGUAGAAUUUUGCGGCGCAAAACCAAAUACCACUGUCCCGAAUGCCAAACGAAUUUAUGCAUUGUACCAUGUUUUCAGGAGUAUCACGAGCGGCAAAACAAUGAAGCGGCAAACACUUCAUCCGGCAACGAUGGCAAUAGUAAAUCUUACUCAGGUACCUCCGGCAGGAGUGGAAAUAGCGGUAGUGGUGGCAGUAGCACGCGACUCUAUUCCAAAACGGAAUCCAUUUGAAAGCGUUAAGUGUGCUGCAGAUACUUUGAAAUCUAUUUAUUGUUGAACCAGCAGCAGUGGCUGCAGGAGACCAAAAAAAAUUGUUGUUUGUAAGGUGGGCCAAGUUAACCUUUGACUUUGGUUCAAAGGUGUGCAUCUUUUAAGUCCCACCUUUAAUUGAAAAAAAAAAAUGUUAAUCAUAAUAUCUUAACUCCCACUAGUGCAAAUUGAAUUUGCAUGGAGUGCAAGAUAUCAAUAUUUGUAUUCGAAAAACGAAAGAAAAAAAUGCUGCAAAUGCAAAAAACUAAAGAGGUUAUGUACUUGAAGCCAGAUUUGUACCAGCUUGUCAUUUUGAAGAGAAGACUAGUUGCUGUGCAACAAAGUCCAUUUUAAUGCACCAGAGCAUGAUGCAUGAUGAAUUUUGUCAGUGCAAAUGGUAGAAAUGUACAAUGGCGUACACUUUUUUGUGAAUCUUUUUUGGUAUAUGUAUGUAUGUAUUUAAUGAGCGUGAGCUUAGUGCUACAUACGUUGUUUACGCACCAAGCAUUGGUACAAAGGAAAUAUUUAUAUAUAUUUUUCACAUAUUUUAUCUUUAAAAUGAACAACUCACUUUUUGAAUGUAAGCUGUUUUAAAAAUGCAAAAGUAAAACUAAAACAUAUAGACAAACGUAGAUAGUCAAAUGCAUACUUAUAAACAGGUUUUUGUUAAUUGCUGCCUCACACAAUUUCCAGAACACCCGCUCCAAGAGAGAGAAAAUGCUGUUUUUAGAAAUUUUUAGGAAACCACCUAUGGGGCCUGAUUUAAAAACCGCGUGCCAUGUUGUCAUUUAUUCAGUGAUAGUGAUGAUUUGGUUAUCGAAUUGUGAACUUAAACAAUUAAUAUAAACAUAUGUACAUGUAUGUAUGUAUGUACUUGAGUUCUUAAACUAGACACAUAUUUAUUGGCCCUUUACUCCCCCGCGGAGCUUUAGUAUACAAUAUAAAUUUUUAUUUUAGGCUUUAUAAUUUACUUACUUGUAUGUAUAUGUACAUACAUAUAUACAUAUGAACUCUGGUUUAAUCGUUGUUUUUUUAUAUUUUUUUUUCAAUAUCCGUUUUCAGCAAAAAAGCAUUAUUACUGUGAGUGCAAACAAAGUCAGUUGCGUCGCCGUUUUAUUUGACCGAACUUUUGUUAAUAUAUACAUAUGUACAUAUUUCUAUAAUUGCUAUGCAUUCAACAAAUAAAGCAAAAUUUGUUCAUACACUUUUUUCCACGUU